AGCGCCCGGCGCCCCGCCCCAAGAUGGCGCCCGCCGCCCGGAAGUGUCCCUGAGGCAGCUUCCGGAGGCGACCGUCCGCCAUGGCCGCGACGCGGCUGGAGCUGAACCUGAUGCGGCUCUUGAGCCGGUGCGAGGCGCUGGCGGCGGAGCGGCGGGACCCCGAGGAGUGGCGGCUGGAGAAGUAUGUGGCCGCUCUUGAAGACAUGCUCCGAGAGCUGAAGAAGCAGUCCAGCAAGCCAGCCCCAGAACUGCUGAAUGAAUACUGUCGUAAAGUGGACUUCCUAAAGGGACUUUUAGAAGCUGAAAAAUUGUCUUCAUCAACUGAAAAGGCUCUGGCAAAUCAGUUCUUGGCCCCGGGACGUACCCCUACAACAACCAAAGAGAGAACCCCAGCUACUAAAACAGUCCAUCUGCAGACAAAGGCUCGUUGCACAGGCAAGAUGAGGAGUGAGCUGCUUGGUACAGACCCCUUGGCUAUCGAUGAUUCUGAGGAGUUAAACAUAAGGAAGCGGAAAGGCCUUACAUCUGAUGAGAAGCAGUCAGCAGUCGAGCUGGAUGCUGUGUUACAGCACCAUCAGGAUAUGCAGGAGAAGUUAGCUGAAGAAAUGCUAAGCUUGGCUCGCAGUCUCAAAAACAACACUCUGGCUGCGCAGAAUGUGAUAAAACAAGAUAACCAGACACUAUCGCAUUCUCUCAGGAUGGCAGACCAGAACUUUGAGAAGCUCAAGGAUGAAUCUGAUCGCCUUGAACAGCAUGCAAAGAAAUCGGUCAACUGGCUAUUAUGGAUAAUGUUAAUUGUCGUUUGUUUUAUAUUCAUCAGCAUGAUUCUCUUUAUCAGGAUUUUCCCCAAACUAAAAUGACUUUUUUUUUUUUUUUUUUUUUUCUCCCCAAAACUGCCAGAGGUGCAGUUGGAAAGCUCAGCUGGUAUGAUAACUUUCAGCAAUCAACUUCUUUGCCACCUGUCAUGUCCUUAAAGAGGCCAUCCAAGGGCUACCCUUCCAUCUCUUGUGCGAUCACUGGAUUCAGUGAAGGGUUUCAUGGGGACAGCUUUCUACACUUGGAUACUCAGUUACUUUUUUUACUUAGUGAAUAUUGUUGUCUAUGAAGGAGAGAACUGGGAUAAAGGUGGCAAUUUACACUGAGCUGGUAUCAAGUUCUUUAGUGGAUAGACACAGUAGUCUGGCAAAUGUUACAACUCCUAAAAGGCAUUUACUCAAUAGGAAUAUAAGUAACAGUCGAAGUCUUACCAUUUUUCCUGUCUUUUCAGCUUUACUGUACUGAACUAGCACCUUGCUGCCAACAGGAUGUUUAAUUACAAAGUUACAUACGUACACAGCUGUAGGUCGUAGGAAGAGAAUGCUGCCACUGAGUUGCUUGCCUGGCUCAGAUUCAGAGAGUAUCAACAGGUAAAAGUAUUCUCAGGCUCACCUUUUUCCCAGAUGGGUAUUUGGGACUUUGAACUUCGCAAUCUUCUUUGGUUUAGGCUUACUAUAGAAGGGCUGAAGUUGCUUGCUGUUGCAAUGUUUGCUUCCCUUUUUGUAUGCACAAAUGUUCUCACUUAUUCAUUGUCUGUUAUGUUGAUGUUGUAUCAAGAAAACACUGUGACCCUGGCACCACGGAAUUGUACACACAGUACUCUCUGGUGUAGGCCUCACCUGUACAAACAUUUUUUCACUGUAAGAUGAGGGCAAAGGAUGCUGGUGUCUUCAAGACAGAAAUAAUAAUUAAAAAAAAAAAAUUCAGCCUUUACUUUUCGAGACAAAUUAUUGUGGUCAAAAGUGUUUGUGUCAAACUUGCGUACUGGUCAACAGUGUUUGUGUCAAACUUGUAUUCUUAAGAGGUCACUACAUUGAAGCAGAGAUAAAAUAAACUAGAAUGAACAUUUUUUAAACACUGCUACUGCUAGAAAAGUUUAGAGCCUGCAGUAAAGUAAAGUUUGUUGUGACAAUGUUAAGAGCCACUUUUAGGUGCUUGUGAUAAGGUAAAAGCAAACCAUUCUGCA